UCUCUCUCUCUGGCUUCCAUGGGUGGAAACUCACCUUGCGCCUCCUGCAAAUUGCUACGGCGACGUUGCACCAAGGACUGCAUCUUUGCACCGUUCUUCCCUUCUGAUGACCCGCAAAAGUUCGCCAUCAUUCACAAAGUUUUUGGAGCUAGCAAUGUUAGCAAAAUGCUUCAGGAGCUUCCGAUUCAUCAGAGAGCGGAUGCCGUUAGCAGCCUCGCGUAUGAAGCAAGUGCAAGACUGCGCGACCCGGUAUAUGGAUGCGUCGGGGCAAUCUCGUAUCUUCAAAACCAAGUUUCUCAGUUGCAAAUGCAGCUUGCAGUAGCCCAAGCAGAGAUCUUGUGCAUCCAAAUGCAACAAGAGCCCACCUUGCCUGACCACCAAGCAGAGUUAGAUCAGAGAUCAGCAAUGGAUACUAAUGAUAUUAUUCCUCAGUUCAUGAACUUUGCUUCUUCUAGCAAUGUAACUCAAGAUCCUCUUAAAAGAGAGUCUCUUUGGACAUGAUGUA